CAGACGUAAAGUAGUAGCGGUGAGAUUGUUGUCGUAUUCGAAAGAGACAGGCCUAUUGUAUGUGUACCCAAUUACUGUCAAUUAGUUUUCGUCAUUUGCAGCUUAGUUCUAGUAACAAUUGAAUGUCAUAUCGCAGAAUAUGAUACAAGAAUGAGUACCGAUCCAACCACGUACAGUUUUCAGAUAGCACAUAGGUCUGAACCUUUUAUGUUUAUCUAAACUAUUUUGUUUGUAUAGCGCUCGGAUUAGCAGCAAAGACUUCAUACAUUCCAGUCUUGGCGAAAAGCUGACUUUUAGCCCAUCGUAUGUUGUAUGCCCGCUUAUGAUUUAUACACUGAAAUAUAGGUUACAUGCUGAGUAUUGAUAGUUAUACUUGUGCAGCAAUAACAAUCAAAAUAAAUACUGUUAUAAACGAAUAAAAGAUGGCGGGAGAUGGUGCAGGCGACGUCGAAUGGCCAGGUGGAGAUUUGAGGGGAAUCGUUAAUAGGAUUGAGCAUGCCCAUAUUGAUCGGGCACAGUUUUUCUCUCCAGAUGGUCGACUUACUAAAGAGAACGUUGCAAUCUUCGAGAGAAAGUUCAUCGAUGGUGUGAACAAGAGAUCCCGCCGUCUUUCAGAAUCGACAAUUUUGAGACCUUUCAGAAACGACUUGAAUGAUCCAGAAGUAGAAGUUGUUCCAAAACUAUCAAAAACAAAUUUUUUUCGUGGCGGUUGUGCAUUAAAUGAAGUCGAGUAUUCAGCUACAAAUAACAGAGAUAGACUUCCGGAAAAAGAAAAGAAAAAAGAAGUCGAGGUUCAACUUAAAUCCAUACAUUCUCAUGGAAGAUUUAUUGUUCUGAUAGGUGGAGCAGGGAGCGGAAAAACGACCCUCCUCAAACGGUAUUGUCUUUUGGUGUUAGAUGGCAAAAUCGAAAACAUGAAUGGAAUUGAAAUGAUUCAUUACAUAAACAUCAAAGAUUGGUCUUUAAAAUAUGGAGAAUAUACUCCACGAGAAAUAUUGUUUUCUGUAUUCAACGUGGCGGAAAGUGACGUUGCGGAGGAAUGUGGAUUUAACUGGCUUAAGAAGCCUGAAAAUCAGAAAAAAUUUCUGCUUUUGUUGGAUGGAUUGGAUACAGCUCCAUGGGUUUUGAGUGGCGACAAUUUUCAUGAUCCGAUUUCUUGGGAUCAAAAAGCGACUGUACCUGUCAUCAUCUACAACAUUCUUUAUCGAAAUAUAUUUCCAGGAUGCAAAAUACUGUUAACAUCGAGAGAAUACGCCAUAAACAAAUUUUCACACUACAUAAAGCCAGAUGCGACAAUCGCCCUCGGAGGACUUUCACAAAAUUCCAUCGUGACCUUAGUAAAAGAAAUCAGUGGAGACACUGGAGACAUCACUUUGGAAUCUAUGUUAAAAAAAUCACUCGAGCUUAUGCAUCUUUGCUCUACUCCAUUAUUUCUAAUAUUUGUGAUUGUCGUGUACUUGAAUGGUGAAGAUAUACCUGAAAAUCUUUCAGGGCUCAUACUCACUAUACUAAAGAAUCAUACGCGAUCUAAACAUCUUAAGAGCAAAAAAGACGUUGAUCAAAUAAUGAAAAAUCUGAUGAAACUUUCACUUGAUGGCUUGAAAAGGGGAAAAUAUGUUUUCACCAGGGAUGAUAUUCAAAGGAAUAAGAUAGAUGUUGAUGUAAUCAAGGAUUUCGUAAUCAGUGUCCCGACUCCAGCCAAAAAUGUGGUUUGUGAUCAGAAUUUGCUGGAAAAAGACUACUCAUUUUUUUUCGUUCAUCAAACUAUUCAAGAACUUCUUGCGGCAUGUGAACUGGCUAAUCUUCCUAUAUUACAGUACAAAGAACUAAUUGAUAAACAGAUCAGUACUCAGCUUCAUGUUGUUGUUCGACAAAUGUUAUGUGGUUUAAUAUUUAACAAAAGUACGGCUAAAAUGAAUUUAAUCGAAGAUGAACCACGUGAUAUCACACAAAAGCAAGAGUAUUUGCUCGAGUCUCUACGUAAGGAUUUAAAUGGUGAAAAUAUUCCACCAAUGCAAAUGCUCAAUUUGUUGAUCUCGAUUUGUGAGUGUGGAACGAACGAAGGAAUUGUAGAAUGGGCGAAGACAAAUAUAAAAAAGAUCAGCUUGUCUGGAAUUCCUCUCACAACAAGUGAUCUUCAUGCAGUAGGAAGUGUUACCUCUCAUUGUGAUCGACUCCGCAUAUUGGCGCUAGAUAAUUGCCAAUUGAAUGCCUAUAGUCUUAAGGUUUUAUCAGAUGGUCUAGGAGAAUCGCCUGUGCAGAUUGAGGAAUUUGACGUGUGCUUCAAUCGACGUCUUGUUAAAAACAGCAUGUAUUACUUGCACAAAAUUUACACCCGUGUUCAAAAAUUUCAUUGUUGGCAGUGUGGUUUUAGAAAAUCUGAUAUACAGGAUUUUAAACAAAACCCGCAGGUAACUGGUUUAGAAGUCUCAAUUCAAAAUGUUGAAGAAGAACAGGAAAUUGAAAUCAUGUUUAAUGAUCAAAAUAUACUGGAUUUCAGCAGAUAUAACACAGAAAAUCACAUUCAAACAUUGGAAGAAUUGGUUAUCAACGCAAACUCAAUGGACAUUUUCAAUGUGAGUUUAACAGAGUAUGAGAGAACAUCAGAUUUGAGAAAUCUUUGCGACUUAUUAAAAAAAUGUGAAAAAAUAGGAGAAUUCAAAAUAUCUGAAUGCGAGUUGACUGAGCAGCAAUUGGACAAAAUCAUGCAAGCUAUUCCAGAUCAAGAGAUACAAAUGGUUAACGUGUUCCUAACACCAGAUAUACAACCAAAAGGAUGGAUGAAAAUUGGCCAAAUUACUAGAAAGUUCAAAGCAGCGAAUCUUGCCGUAACAUCCUGCUCAUUGACGGAAGACAAAUUAUCACAACUUAGAGUAUCUCUUGAUCGCUCAAUGAUUUUUAGUUUUGAUUUGAGUCGAAACAGCAAUUUGACCGAAAGUUGUAUGAAACAAGUUGGCUGGAUUAUUCAGAACUGUGAAAUCAAGGAGCUAAUCAUGAAAUACUGCAAUCUGACCAAUGGAAUGUUGAAAAGCUUAAGGUUUUCUUUACGCGUAAGAAACGAGGCAGCAGAAUUAGAUAAGAUCAACAUAAGUGGAAACGAUAAAUUGGGAGAUGAUGGUUUCGUCGAGCUUGCACAAAUUAGUGACGUGUGCAAAACCGAACAACUCGAUAUCAGUGACUGUAAUAUAUCAUCACAGCAAAUUAGAAGUUUUGAAGAUGCAACACACACGACUGUGCUAAAUAUUCUAAACGUAAGUCAUAAUCGGAAUAUGGGAAAAUGGGGACUUCGUGACUUACGCAAACUCGUCGAAAAAUGCCAAUUGAAAGCACUGUUUAUUCGUCAAUGUGGAUUAGAUGAGGAAACGUUCGCAAAUUUUGCGAACAACUUGGAAAACUCACAGGGAGAAUCGAUAGUCAAAAUACAUGAUUGAUAUCAUGAAGAGUCCAUAUGUACAGUAAAGAAGAGCCGAUUGAGUAUUAGGACGUUCACGAUCGUUAGAGAAGCGACUAUAGAUUAGCUCUCUCGACUUCGGGACAGUAUCCUAAUCACAAUUCAUUGCCAGUUUCUAUUUUCUGUUACUAUUACGUUGUUCACUGCAUUGUCAUUUACUUUAUGUGAAAAAGAAUGUACGAUUUUCACUGACCUUUGGUUCCAAGCCUCACACAGGAAAGAGAGUAUCUUUUACAAUAACCAUUAUUAAUGAGCCUAAUGAAAUAUGUGUAAAUAGUAUUUUAACAUUUGAAAAUAUUCCUGAUUUAGUGAGUAAUUCAAAUUCCAAAUGUAUUCAAACCUGUUCAAACCUCGGCAUCAUAUCUUUCCGCCCAAAAGGUGCGAGAUUUUAUUGUUUGUGUUUGAAAAGGUUUCUACACUCUGUAUCAUACAAUUUAAGUUGUCGAUGGGUACGAAAUUUUCUAUUUUUGCGUAAUUUAUUGCUGGAAAAAGCCUAUUUUUCAUAUAUAUCAACAAAGGUAAAAAUUCGAAAAAAAAAAUCGUAUCAAUAGAAAACUUUGUACCCAUAAAUUCACAUUGUAUUGUGUAGUGGAGUAAAAUCUCGCUCAUCUUUAGCCGAAGAAGACAUGCUACACAAGUUUCAAAAGUGUAUAUUUUAUUGAUUUUUCACCUAUGCCGAUGUAUACGAAAUAGGCUUUUUCAGCAAUGGAUUGCGCAAAAAUAGAAAAUUUGUACAAAUCGUAUGGUAAAGAGAUGUGGAACCUUAUUAAAAUGAAACAAUAAAAUAUCGCCCCUCUCGGGUGAAGACAUGCUGCUAAUGUUUGAAAAGUGUAAAUUUUUCGAUUUUUCAUGAGAUCCGCGUACAUUGCCCCGAAUUGGUAAACAUUAUAUAGUGGGGUUUAGGAAAUACUGGGUGUCUCAAAGGUAAUUAUGCGCUUUCAAUUUUGAUUUGCUUUUCAUGUACUCAUCAUAGAGC